AUGGGCGAGCUCUGUGGACAACGGCUCGUUCUGGCCGUCAGCGUCCUGACUUCGUUGGGUUUCAUGCUGAUAGGUUACGACAAUGGUCUCAUGGGUGGUUUGGUCAACGCGCCGGCCUUCAACUCGACUUUCGACUCGCCGGACCCGACGAUGACGGGCCUCAUUGUGGCCAUCUACGAGAUCGGCUGCUUUUUCGGGUGCGUGGCGACGGCCAUCUUUGGCGAGAAGUACGGCCGCCGGAAAACCAUCUGGGCCGGCUGUUUUGUCAUGGUUAUCGGAGCCGUGCUGCAGGCCGCCGCAUACGGGCGGGCGCUGCUCAUCGUCGGACGCAUCGUCUCGGGAAUCGGCAUGGGCAUUGUCAACUCAACUGUCCCGGUACUGCAGGCCGAGUUCAGUCCCAAGGCCAGUCGAGGAAUCUACGUUUGCGCGCAGCUUUCCACCUUGAACUUCGGCAUCUUUCUGGUCUACUGGAUCGACUACGCCUUCUCGACACACACAGAAAGCUACGCGUGGAGAAUCCCGGUUAUCCUGCAGUGCCUGUGUCUUCUUCCCAUGUUCAUCAUUCUGCACUUCAUACCGGAGACGCCGAGGUGGCUGGCGGCCCACGACCGAUCGGACGAGUGCCUCGCCGUCCUGCAGCGCCUCAAGUGCGACGAGGAGGACGACGAGUCCAUACAGGUCCUCCACAGCUCCAUCAUGCAGACCGUGUCCUACGAGUCGUCCGUGAGCGCGAGCUCCUGGAGAGACAUAUUCGUGCGGGACCGCAUCCAGAGCCAGAAGAGGUUCCUCAUCGCCUGCGCCAUCCAGGGCUUCCAGCAACUGGGAGGAAUCAACGCUAUCAUUUAUUACAGCAGCACCCUUUUCGAAAAGAGCAUCGGCUUCGACAGACACAUGUCGAGUCUCAUGUCUGGUUUCCUUCAGACGUGGUUCUUCAUCGCUUCGUUCAUCCCGUGGUUCUUGAUAGACCGCGUGGGAAGACGACCUUUGCUUCUCUCCAUGAUCAGCGUCAUGGCGGCCGUCAUGGCAGUCCAAGCAGCUCUCAUCUACCAGGUUCAGAAUGCCACCGCAAUCGCCAAGGCCGCCGGCAUUGGCGCUGCAGCAAUGCUUUUCGUCUUCCAGGGUGCCUUCACCAUCGGCUUCCAAGCAACAGUCUGGGUCUACCCUUCUGAGAUAUUGCCGCUGAGGAUCCGGCAGCUGGGCUCGUCCAUUUCCAGUGCAACCAACUGGUUGUUCAACUACAUGAUUGUUCAAAUCACGCCCAUCUCCAUCGACAGCAUCGGGUGGAGGACAUACAUCAUCUUUGCCGUCCUGAACGCAACCUGGGUGCCAAUCAUCUACCUCUUCUUUCCCGAAACCAAGGGCCUGGAGCUGGAGGACGUGGAUCUUUUGUUUUCAGACGACACAUUUAUUGACAUGCCCCAAGGACGGGACGACAAGCAAGACGUGUGGAAAAUUGAGGAUGUCAGAAGAUAG